AUGUCAGCCUCAUUUCUAAUCUCUAUAGCCAUUAUCUCACUUGCUACUUCCAUAUCUUGUAAGCAUACACUGACCCAAAUAUCAGAAGCAACUGAGUGGAGCUCAACAAAAAGGAAGCUAGAUCAAGAGUCAUGCAGAAACGGUAACCCAAUCGACGAUUGUUGGAGAUGUGACUCAGAAUGGGAAAGUAACCGGAAAAUGCUGGCUGACUGCGCAAUUGGGUUUGGACGCAAUGCAAUAGGUGGAAGAGAUGGUGAGUUUUAUGUGGUCACAGAUUCUGAAAAUGAUGAUCCUAUAAAUCCAAUUCCUGGCACACUUCGCUAUGGUGUCAUCCAAGAAGAACCCCUAUGGAUCAUCUUUGAUAAAGACAUGGUCAUCGAGCUAAAUGAAGAACUUAUGAUGAACUCAUACAAGACAAUAGAUGGAAGAGGGUAUAACAUCCAGAUAGCAGGUGGACCAUGCAUAACUAUUCAAAAUGUGAGCAACAUUAUCAUACAUAACAUCUACAUACGGGACUGUGUACCAGGUGGAAAUACAGUGGUGAGGGACACACCAAACCAUGCCGGCUUUAGAGGCAUCUCAGAUGGUGACGGCAUAUCGAUAUUUGGAUCUAGGGAAGUGUGGAUUGAUCAUUGUACAUUAGCUAACUGCCGUGAUGGACUAAUCGAUGUUGUAUAUGGCUCAACAUCUAUAACAAUCUCAAACAACUACAUGUUCCAUCAUAAUGAAGCUAUGCUCAUGGGUCAUAGUGAUGAUUUCCUUGCUGACAAGAUUAUGCAAGUCACUAUUGCCUUCAACUAUUUCGGUGAAGGUCUGACUCAAAGAAUGCCUAGGUGCAGACAUGGAUAUUUUCACAUUGUAAAUAACAUAUACACUGGGUGGGAGAUGUAUGCAAUUGGUGGAAGUGCCAAUCCAACAAUCAAUAGCCAAGGGAAUGUCUUUAUUGCAUCAGAUAAUAAAGGAACAAAGGAGGUGACUAAGCGUGAAAUCUUACCAGAAGACGAGCAGUGGAAGAGUUGGAAUUGGAGAUCAGAUGGAGAUAUAAUGCUCAAUGGCGCUUUCUUUACACCUUCUGGUGAAAAAGGUCCUGAAAGCUACAUAAAAGCAUCAAGCAUGGUAGCAAGACCAGCCUCAAUUUUAUUAAGUAACUCCUCUCCUUCUGCUGGAGCUCUUUAUUGUCAGAGGGGCAAACAAUGUUAGACACAAGCCAGCUGAACAUCUGCUUUCAUUUUUUAAAUUUUCUUUUCUCUCUUUGUUAUUUGAAACAAGUUUUUAGCUGUUCUAAAAUCCCAUUGCUAUCAAUUUCAUGUCUCAAAGAGAGACAAUCAAGAUGUAACAAUAAAUGAGUAAUCACUAAGAAUUUACAUAGA